AUGAUGCUGAGUUGCGGCGGAAACCAAGGUGACACGAUGACGAAACCCACCCCCUCAAUGCUGGAAGCCAUUUGCCAGACGACUCUCCUGGACGACGUUUUUAACGAAGACCCCGUAACGAUUGAUCUACAGUCCUACGUGGCCAAGCGAACGAAUCAUGAGGAUGCCCUGCUGGUCAUGUCAGGAACGAUGGGCAACCAGGUUGCCAUCCGAACCCAUCUGGUGCAACCUCCCUAUGCGGUGAUCUGUGACCAACGCUCCCACAUUGUCAAUUACGAGGCCGGCGGUGUCAGCUCACUCACUGGCGCCAUGGUUCAGCCAGUCAUUCCCAAGAAUGGCGCAUACCUUACGCUCGAAGACGUCCAGAAAUACGCCGUACUUGACGAUGACAUCCACCACUGUCCCACAAAGCUCAUUAGCCUGGAGAAUACCCUGGACGGUAUGAUCAUGCCCCUGAACGAGGCGCGUCGGAUUGUAAACUGGGCCCAUGCGAACGACAUCAAAGUGCAUCUAGACGGGGCCAGACUAUGGGAAGCCGUAGUGUCAGGGGCUGGGAGCUUACCAGAUUACGCCGGUCUCUUUGACAGCGUUAGCUUGUGCUUUUCGAAGGGACUCGGCGCCCCCAUUGGCAGCAUCAUUGUGGGAUCCAGAGAAUUUAUCAAGAAAGCUCGAUGGUUUCGCAAAUCCAUUGGUGGAGGUGUCCGACAGGCCGGGGUACUCGCUGCAGCCGCCCGAGUGGCUGUGGAGGAGACAUUUGGACCCGAUCCCAACGGGCAUGAAGGAAAACUACGAGCAACGCACGUCAACGCCAAACGAGUGGCCGAGAUGUGGACAAGUCGCGGGGGCAAGCUAUCGCUCCCCGUGGAGACCAACAUGGUCUGGUUAGACCUUGAGUCAUCCGGAUUAGGGCCCAAUGAUCUGGCGGACAUUGGCAAAGAGAAGGGGUUGAAAUUGCUAGGGGGUCGAAUCGUCGUUCACUACCAGGUAUCCGAGGAAGCGAUUUCGCGGCUGGGACAAGCGUUCGAUGCAGCUAUGAGUGGGCAGUUCCAGCGUAGCACCGACCAGACCAUUGAAACGUGCCCAAUACGUGAUACUGCACUCUCAAACGAGACAGCUCCAGAGAGUUAUCAGCUGAAGCUUCCAUCAUCCCUUUCUGUAUCCAUGGAAGGCUGCCGUUUGUUCCCGGCGGGGUCGGGCGCUCAUUGGCUCGAGUCCCGGCAGGGCGCUAGGAAGCCUGAAGCCUCAGGCACGCAGUAUGUGGGUGCCUUGCUUCUGCCUGAGGCUGCCAGGCGACCUUCAAAUUAA